CCGGAGCCGCCGCCGCGCUCUGAACCCGCGGACCCCUCGCUCCCCGCCGCGCUCCGACGCUGUCCGCCCUCGGCUGCCCCGAAAACGCCGCUCCCUCGGCUGAAGCCAUGCCCUGCGUUCAGGCUCAGUAUGGGUCCUCGCCUCAAGGAGCCAGCCCGGCCUCCCAGAGCUACAGCUACCACUCCUCGGGAGAAUACAGCUCCGAUUUCCUGACUCCGGAGUUCGUCAAGUUUAGCAUGGACCUCACCAACACCGAAAUCACCGCCACCACUUCUCUCCCCAGCUUCAGUACCUUUAUGGACAACUACAACACGAGCUACGACGUGAAGCCCCCCUGCUUGUACCAAAUGCCCCUGUCGGGACAGCAGUCCUCCAUUAAGGUGGAAGACAUUCAGAUGCACGGCUACCAGCAGCACGGCCACCUGCCCCCCCAGUCCGAGGAGAUGAUGUCGCACUCGGGCUCCGUCUACUACAAGCCCUCGUCGCCCCCGACCCCCUCCACGCCGGGCUUCCAGGUGCAGCACGGCCCCGUGUGGGACGACCCCGGCUCCCUGCACAACUUCCACCCCAACUACGUGGCCACCACGCACAUGAUCGAGCAGCGCAAAACGCCCGUGUCCCGCCUGUCCCUGUUCUCCUUCAAGCAGUCUCCCCCCGGCACGCCCGUCUCCAGCUGCCAGAUGCGCUUCGACGGCCCCCUGCACGUCCCCAUGAACGCCGAGCCCGCCGGGCCGCACCACGGCGUGGACGGGCAGCCCUUCGCCGUGCCCAACCCCAUCCGCAAGCAGCCGGCCAUGGCCUUCCCCGGGCUGCAGCUGGGCCACGCUCCGCAGCUGCUGGACAGCCAGGUGCCCUCGCCGCCCUCCCGGGGCUCGCCGUCCAACGAGGGGCUGUGCGCCGUGUGCGGCGACAACGCGGCGUGCCAGCACUACGGCGUGCGCACCUGCGAGGGCUGCAAGGGCUUCUUCAAGCGCACGGUGCAGAAGAACGCCAAGUACGUGUGCCUGGCCAACAAGAACUGCCCCGUGGACAAGCGCCGCCGCAACCGCUGCCAGUACUGCCGCUUCCAGAAGUGCCUGGCCGUCGGCAUGGUCAAGGAGGUGGUGCGCACAGACAGCCUAAAAGGCCGGCGGGGCCGCUUGCCGUCCAAACCGAAGAGCCCCCAGGAGCCCUCUCCCCCCUCUCCCCCGGUGAGUCUGAUCAGUGCGCUGGUGAGAGCCCAUGUCGACUCCAACCCGGCUAUGACCAGCCUGGACUAUUCCCGGUUCCAGGCUAACCCCGACUACCAGCUGAGCGGUGACGACACCCAGCACAUCCAGCAGUUCUACGAUCUCCUGACCGGCUCCAUGGAGAUCAUCCGAGGGUGGGCGGAAAAAAUCCCCGGCUUCACUGACCUGCCCAAAACGGACCAGGACCUGCUCUUCGAGUCCGCCUUCCUGGAGCUGUUCGUGCUGCGGCUGGCGUACAGGUCCAACCCCGUGGAGGGGAAGCUGAUCUUCUGCAACGGGGUGGUCCUGCACCGGUUGCAGUGCAUCCGCGGCUUCGGGGAGUGGAUCGAUUCCAUCGUGGAAUUUUCCUCCAACUUGCAGAACAUGAACAUUGACAUCUCUGCCUUCUCUUGCAUCGCUGCCCUGGCCAUGGUGACAGAGAGGCACGGGCUCAAGGAACCCAAGAGGGUGGAAGAGCUUCAGAACAAGAUUGUAAAUUGCCUCAAAGACCAUGUGACUUUCAACAACGGGGGGCUGAAUCGCCCCAACUAUUUGUCCAAACUCUUGGGGAAGCUCCCCGAACUCCGCACGCUUUGCACACAGGGGCUGCAGCGCAUUUUCUACCUGAAACUGGAAGACUUGGUGCCACCGCCAGCAAUAAUCGACAAACUUUUUCUGGACACUUUACCUUUUUAAGACUCUUCCCGUGCGCUUCCACUGACCCGAGGAGAGGCUCCACCUGCCUGAAGGGGAGCUGGGCUGGGCCCCGAGCGGCACCCCUGGGUGCCAGCUCCCACCCAGCCCGCGUGGCAAACUCCUGCAGGCAGAACGCGAUGGGCAUUUUGGCUCUGGGGCAUCACGGAUGCAGCUCAUGGACUACACAAACACCAUGGUAUAAACUUUUUAUUAUCGGCUUCUAAAUGAGUUUAUUAUUGAGGACUUCUGGUGCGAAAGACAAGCCAGCCUGGCAAGGCCGGGCGCGCGGCUCAGGCUCCCGCGGUGACAAACCCGAGAGCUGAGGUGACCCACAAGUCUCACCCUCCUAAAGACUAAAGUUUUCUGCUGUAAAAGAAAGCUGUAAUAUACCCAAACCCCAAACCUUGCGUGGGUGGCGUGGCAUUAACGAAGGCGAAGGCUUGUAAAUUUAUCAGAUGCGGUUUGGCUUUAAAAAAAAAAAAAAAAUUAUUCUGUGCCUAUUUAUGAUGAAAUGUGGAAAACAAUUCUAAAAAAAAAAAAAAAACAGGAAAAAAAAUCAAAAUGAAAAGCUAAAUGUGUUUGGAAAAAAAUAAUAAUUAAAAAAAAAAAGACAACCCAAUCUGUCCAUACCAGGGAAGCAUGACGAUUCCAGGGUGACAAUGUUAUAGGCACUUGCUAUUUCAGUAAUGUCUAUAUUCUAUAAAUAGUAUUUCAGACACUAUGUAGUCUGGUAGCUUUUAUAAAGACUGGUAGUUAUCUAAGCUUCGAACAUUUUCUCAAUUGUAAAAUAGGUGGGCACAAGUGUUACCCCCGGAAUUCCCCCCAAAGGGACACAUAGUGUUUGUAAACACCGCCCGACACCCCUUGUUUGUAAGUGUUGUAUGUACUGUUGAUGUUGAUUAAAGAAGAAGUUUAUAUCUUGAUUAUUUUGUUGUCUAAAGCUAAACAGAUCUUGCAUGCAGCAGCUUUUGACUGUUUCCAGAGUGCUUAUACUAUACAUAACUCCCUGGAAAUUACUGAGCACUUUGAAUUUUUGGUUUGUUUUGUUCCGUUUGUUUUUUUACGUCUAAAAAUUGUCGGUUAAUAUAUUAUGUUGGAGUAAUAUUUUUAAUAUUGCCAUAUUCUGUAGUAUUUUUCUUUGUAUACCCCGGUUUGGCACACGGGAAAGUCGCUGCCUUUUUUUAAUAUGGUGUACGACAGUUAGAAACGCGGAUUAUUAUUAUUAUAAUUAUUAUUAUUAUUUUUCUCCCGAGAACUCUUUCUUUGAGAAAGACAAUUUUAAUGUUUACAACAAUAAAACAUGUAAACGAA